AGGUGACGCCUGGUGCCGGCGCCUAUUCGGUUUAUAGACAGGCGCCACAUGGUAUUUAAAGACGUUGAUCCGACGGAAAUCCAUCAGUUGAUCUUCAACUUUCAACAAUACAACAUGAAGGCAUUUAUCUGUGCAGCUCUGUUGGCUGUUGUUGCCGCUGACCAGUCCCACCACCAGGCUAUCAAGAUCGGAAAUGCUCCAUCUGUCUCCUCUUCUGUCUUCAAGCCUCAUGGAGCCCAUGUAGCAUCCGUUGUGAGCCAACCACAUGCUGCUCCCCAGUCUGUCAACAGCUAUGGAAACAAUGAGAAGCCAGUUGCUGGUGUGCAUGCACCUGCUGCUCUUCCUCACUCUGUUGCCUAUGCUCCUGCUCCAGUUGUUCAUGCUGCCCCUUACCACCCCACUCCAGUUGUUCAUGCUGCUCCUUACCAUCCUGCUCCAGUUGUUCAUGCUGCCCCUAUUGUCCAUGCUGCUCCAGCUGCUUAUGGUGCCCCUGUUGUACAUGCUGCUCCAGCUGCUUAUGGUGCCCCAGUCAAGACUGCCUAUGAUGCCCCUGUUGUCCAUGCUGCUCCCGUUGUCGAGGCUGCUUAUGGUGCCCCUGUCAAGACUGCUUAUGAUGCCCCUGUUGUCCAUGAUGCUCCAGUUGUUAAGGCUGCCCCUGCUUACCAUGCUCCUGCCCCCUACCAUGAGGAAAAGGAGACUCCAGAGCCCUACUCCUACACCUAUGGAGUUGCUGAUGACUACUCCAAGGCUGCCUUCAGUGCUGCUGAGACCGCUAAUGCUGAUGGAGCUGUGACUGGAGAGUACACUGUUGCACUUCCCGAUGGCAGAACCCAGCAUGUUAAGUACACCGCUGAUCACUACAAUGGAUUCGUUGCUGAGGUCACUUAUGAGGGAGUUCCAGUCUACCCUGAGGCUAAGUCCUAUGCUCCUGCCCCAGUUAAAUCUUCUUAUGCUCCUGCUCCAGCUAAGCCAUCUUAUGCACCUGCACCUGCCCCAGCUUAUGCACCUGCACCUGCCCCAGCUUAUGCUCCUGCUCCUGCCCCAGCUUAUGCUCCUGCUCCUGCCCCAGCUUAUGCUCCUGCUCCUGCCCCAGCUUAUGUUCCUGCUCCUACCCCAGCAUAUCAUGCAUAAAUAAUGUUUAAACAAAAAUUAUUUAUCUAUUUAUUGUUAGAAAUAUAAAACCAUUUUGCACUUUUUUA